AUGGCCUCUUCAUCUUUUCAGUCUUCUUCAGACAACCACCAAGUACAAUACCAAGAAAAUGAUUAUAUGAACCCAUCAUAUCCUCAAUUUUCUUUGGAGAACUAUCAAGGUCAAAGACAAUUUUUUUCAGAGGAUCAUUCAGAAGGACAUCAAUUUUCUCAACAAAAACAGUAUCAAGAUAUUCUUUUGGAGAUCCAUCAAGAGAGAUAUCAGUCUCCCUUAGAGAAUAAUCAACAAUAUCAGGAAAUUGCUAAAUUAACUUCCUUUUUCGAAGGAAAAAAAUCUCAGCUCAACGAAAGAGAAUCUCAGCUCAACAAAAGAGAAUCUCAGCUCAACGAAAGAGAAUCUCAGCUCAACGAAAGAGAGUCUCAGCUCAACAAAAAAGAGUCUCAGCUCAAAGAAGAAGGAUCUCAGCAUAAGACAGCCAAUGCUUUCCUUGUUUACCUCAGGGACAUACUUGGCGACGAUUUCUUUCUUUACCACAACAAGUUUCUAGAAUCUUUACAAAACUCUUCAUCAUUUCUGGAAAUGAAAGAAGGGAAAAGAAAAGCAGCUGCAUGUGAUAUCUGUCACGGCCGGAAAAAAAGAUGUGUUGGAGGUAAAAUCGGGGAGGAGCCAUGUGAAUAUUGCAGUGAAAAUAAAAAAGACUGUUCUUAUAUUAGAUAA